UUUGCUGACGCAGGUCAUAUACUAGUACAAUGCUGGCGUUGGAAUACUAGGGAGUCUAGGAUCAUUUUUUAAGUUUCAUAUUGACUAAAAAUAAACGUAUAAUAAUACAAUUGUGUUAGGACAAAAUUAGGAUUCCUAAAAUACAAAAAUAUGAAGAAGAAAGCCAGUAAAUGUCCCAUAAAGGCUUUGUGCUAUCUACUUAUCUAGCCUUGCACACCACACUGACCCAUCAAGCAUAUCAGCUUCGGUGAAGAUAUAGACAUAUUGCAGACCUCUUAAACAUAAGCAACCCUUUAUUCCUUGAUCAAAUUUCGGAUCAAAGUCAACAAACCUUAAACCAUAACUCAAAACAAUUGUUCAACACUGUUCCCAGCAACUGGAGCUGACCUAGUCAGCCUAUUUUCUUCUGUAGCUUGCUUUCUUCGUCAAGUUAUCUACCUAAAAGCAUUUGACAUUCAUACAUGGUGGGGGCAUGGUGAGAUAGAUUAGGUUAUGUAUAAAUAUUCUGGCAAGGAAAAUCGCUUUCAAGAGUAUAAGAUAAUAUAUGGUUAACUGUCAAUGACUGAUUCAAUGGCUUACCACCUCAUCCUUCUGAAAGUCUCUCUAGAGGAAGUUAGCAGUACAAGUUUGGAUGCGCAUCUCAGCUUUGCUAGCUCGUUGCAAACAGCUGCUUCAGUUGGAUGUCGCUAAACACAGGAACGACUGCAAUCACUAGUCUUGCUGACUCCUUGCUGGGAUCAAUUUCGGAGAUAAUAGAAUCAACACUAUGCAGCGAAUUAGAACAGGAGAUUUUUGCUGAAUUUGGAUGCUACCUUUACCGCUCUUCUCCGGCCAUAAUGGAGCUUCAGACAACUGAGAAUACCCCACCAAAUGCAAUGAACAUUCUACAGUCCCUAUCCGAAAGCAUUGAUUUAGCCAAGGAUCUCGUGAAGGAUUGCCAGACGUUUUCUGAUUCUAAAGUGAAGAAUGUAAUAGCACAGCUGGAGAUGGUAAUUAAACAGAUGGGAGAAUCCUUAAGUUUGAUACCCUCAUCAACAUUUAGGGGCCAAGAAUAUGCAGAGGUCGCAGUAAAGUCUCUUUCAAGUGAGAUGCAGAAUGCUCACUUUGAAGUCAGCCAAACUAAAGCGUCACAGACUAAGGAGCUCCUAUCACACAUGUUGCCCGCUAAGGAUGAAACAAAUAUAGAAGCAGCCGCAACAGAAUCAGAUCUUUACUCGGUCAAUGUUGAAGUUUCCAUGGAAAUUCCUCAGACCUCAAAUAAGCGCCUAAUUGAUUUUCUUAAGAGCGCAAGUUCCAGCAGCCAAAGAAGCCAUAAUAACACAAGUGGAACCGUCUGGUCAUUGCCACAGGUGGCUCAGUACAUUGAGCCUCUGUAUGCGUCAUUCUACUGUCCAUUGACGAAGCAGAUUAUGGAUGAUCCUGUCACAGUAGAAAGUGGAGUAACAUAUGAAAGGAAAGCAAUUACUGAGUGGUUUAAAGAGUUUGAAAGGUUAGACGAAACUCUUUGCCCAAUCACAGGGCAGAAGCUGUUGAGUAGAGCCUUAAGCACCAAUAGAGCUCUAAAGACCACAAUAGAGGAAUGGAAAGAGAGGAAUGAAACAGCAAGGAUCAAGGUUGCCCGUGCAGCAUUGUCAUUAGCUAGUUCAGAGACUAUGGUGCUUGAAGCAAUUAAAGAUCUACAGGGAAUCUGCCAAAGGAAACCAUACAACAAGAUACAAAUACGCAAUAUUGGAAUGUUUCCGUCCCUCGUUAACCUUCUGGAGCAUAAAGCUAGAGGCGUUAGAUGUGCAACGCUGGAGCUAUUACGACUUUUGACACAAGAAGAUGAUGAUGGAAAGGAAAUUCUUGUCAAGGCAAUGGAUAUAUCAACAAUAAUCAAGUUGCUAUCGAGUAGCCAUCAGGCUAUAAGGCAUGCAUCAUUGCUACUCUUGCUUGAGCUUUCCAGAUCCCAAAAUUUGUGUGACAUAAUUGGCUCAGUUGCGGGGAUGAUUCUGAUGCUGAUCACAAUGAAAUACAAUCAGCGGGCCAAGGAUGACUUCGCUUCAACAAAAGCACAUGAAAUCUUACAGAACCUGGAGAAAUGCACAGAUAACAUCAAGCACAUGGCAGAGAAUGGUCUCUUGGAACCCCUGUUAAAUCAUCUUGCAGAAGGUAGUGAGGAGAUGCAGAUCGAAAUGGCAAGCUUCCUUGGGGAAAUUGUGCUUGGACAUGAGAGCAAAACCUUUGUGGCUGAAAGGGCUUCCUCAGCACUUGUCAAGAUGAUACAUGGUGGGAACUCUUUGUCAAGAAAAGCAGCAUUUAAAGCUCUGAAUCAAAUUUCAGCUUACCACCCAAAUGGAAAGGUACUAUUAGAAGCUGGAAUUGUACAAGCAAUGGCCGAGGAGCUGUUCACUCGGAGAAUUUAUAAUGAACCAAUGAAUUCAAAAAAUGAAUCUGCUGCAAUACUUGCAAAUAUAAUCGAGUCCGGAGUUGAGCUAGAGAACAUCCAAGUACGUGAUCGCGGCCACAAAUUGAAUUCGGACUAUGUUGUGUACAAUAUUGUGUGCAUGGUAAGGAACUCGACACCAGAUGACCUUAAUAUCAACCUGAUACGAAUUCUUCUAGGCCUGACAAAUUCCCCCAGAUCAUUGAAUGCUGUUGUUUCAAUGGUAAAAGAGACUGAAGUUAGCUACACCCUCAUCGAACUCAUCAAUAAUCCAUAUGAAGCACUCGGGGCUGCAUCAAUGAAGCUACUCAUUGCGCUAGCACCUUACAUGGGUCACAAAUUAGUUGAGAAAUUAUGCAAAACCAGUGGCCAACCUGAGAGCCUAAUAAAGAGCCCCCCUGAAAUAAGCAGAAUAACAGAGAAGCAGGCACUUUCAGCAAAGUUUUUGGCAAAACUUCCUCACCAGAAUCUUACACUUAAUUUAGCACUUCUCUGCAAGAACACAGUCCCAAUAGUCCUGCAAGCAAUCAACCAAAUUCAAAGAAGUGGAACAAGAAUAUGCAGGUAUGCAGGCAUCUACUUAGAAGCUCUCGUGGGGAUUCUAGUAAGAUUCACAACCACACUUUAUGAACCCCAAAUGUUGUUUCUAGCAAGAAACUACAACUUCACAUUGGUUUUCACAGAGUUACUGACAAAAACUUCGAGUAAUGAAGUCCAGAAGUUGUCAGCAAUUGGGUUGGAGAAUCUGUCCUUAGAAUCCAUAAACCUAUCAAAAGCACCACCAGUUAAAAGGAAAAAGUUCAUGAAAGUUUUUCACUUGCCCAGAUCUCUAUCCCUUGGUUCAUCAAAGGGAAGAAAGGUAGAAAUGUGUCCGGUUCAUAGAGGGGCUUGCUCUUCACAAAAUACUUUCUGCUUGGUUGAUGCAAAGGCAGUUGAGAGGCUGUUGGCUUGUUUGGAGCAUGAGAAUUCAGGGGUUGUGGAAGCUGCACUGAAUGCUAUAUGUACUUUGUUGGAUGACAAAGUUGAUUUAGACAAGAGCAUAACCAUGUUGAGUAGAGAGAAUGCUAUACAACAUGUGCUGAAUGUGGUCAAGGAGCACAGGGAAGAGGGCCUGCGGCAGAAGUCCUUUUGGGUGAUAGAGAGAUUCUUGAUGAAAGGGGGAGAUAAGUCAGCUUCAGAUAUAUCACAAAAUAGGAUGUUUUCUGCUGAAUUGGUCACUUCAUUUCAUCAUGGGAAUGAUACAACAAGGCAGAUGGCUGAGAAAAUCUUGACACGCCUGAACAUGAUGCCCAAUUACUCUACUACCUACUAUACUUUGUAAAAUACUGUUUACAUAUAUCUGCAACUGUCCAAGUGUUAACCAUAUAUCUCUCUCCCUCCUUGUAAUGCAGCAGAAUAGUAACAACUUUAUUAAAACGUAUUGUGAGCGGGUGUGUGUGUUUGUAUCAUGCCAAUUUUAUUUUGUAUGAUAGCAAAAUGAUAGGAGUCACAGUCCUCCAGCGGUUCUGAAGCUGUAACAGAAGAAUUGAAUAAUUUGUAUUGUAUAUUCAUGU